UGACGUGUCGCAUUCAGUUACUGAGAGGAAAAACGCAGGGCUGUUUUUCCUGCUUCUCCUGAAACCGCCAGGUAUCACAAACGGACUGAACGAUGGCAGAGCCAAGCAAGCACGAAAUUUCAACUAUUUUCAAGCGACUCCGCUCCAUUCCGACGAACAAGGUUUGCUUUGACUGCUCGACUAAAAACCCAAGUUGGGCCAGCAUCACCUAUGGUGUGUUCCUAUGCAUAGACUGCUCUGGGACUCACAGGUCUCUUGGGGUGCAUUUGUCCUUUAUCAGGUCCACAGAGUUGGAUUUUAACUGGUCCUGGUUUCAGCUGAGAUGUAUGCAAGUGGGAGGCAAUGCUAGUGCAAUUGCAUUUUUCAACCAGCAUGGCUGCACAGCCAGCGCAGCAAACGCCAAAUACAACAGCCGGGCCGCUCAGCUAUACAGGGACAAGAUCAAGACUUUAGGCACACAGGCCACCAGACGUCAUGGCACUGAGCUGUGGCUCGACAGCCAGGCUCCUCUCUCCCCAACAUCACCUGGCGACAAGCAGGUGGAUUUCUUCAGUCUGCAUUCACAGGCUGAACCUGAUAAUUUGAACAUGGCCAAAAUGAGUCUCAGCUCCACUACAUCAGAGAGACCCUCAACCCCAGAUAAAGAGGAAGACAGAAAUGGUAAUUUGGAGGAGGGUCCCAGUGUGGAUAUGCUGAGUAUGUCUCCAAAAGCAAAUCCAGAUCUCCCCUCUCUCAUUAAGAAGAAGCCAGCUGCAGCCAAGAAAACUUUGGCCUCUAAGAAGGGCGGCCUUGGAGCUCAGAAGGUCAGCAGUAAGAGUUUCUCAGAGCUGGAGAAGAAAGCUCAAGCAGCUGACAGACUCAGAGAGAAAGAGGAGAGCAAUGCCCCCACCAAGAACAGCCAGCCUGAGGAAUCCAUCACUCCAUCCUUGCGUCUGGCCUACAAGGACCUUGAACAGCAGAGGAAACUGGAGGAGAAGAAGCUGAAGGGGUUAGAGGGGAAGAAGAAAGAACAAGCUGAGAGACUUGGCAUGGGACUCACGAUCAGGGGGGGAGUGUCUCACUCGGUGACAUCGGACAUGCACAUCAUUCAGCAAGAGAGUCCUGUGGGAGCAAAGAGUCAAAAAGGACGGCGGUUCAAUGACGAUGACGAUGAUGAAGGAUCCUUCACCUCUAGGGUCUUGACUCGAUUUGAGGACCAGUCAGACUCUAUAGAUAGUUUCUCUUCCCGGUGGGAUGAUAGAGGCGAGGGAGGAGGCUGGAUGAAGGAGAGCAAGAAACCAGAGCUGGACUUCUUCCUGAGCUCCACAAUCACAUCACUAGAUGACAGGCCCACAUCCAGAAGAAAACCUGAACCAGUCUUUGAUUCAGGUGAAGCUCAGAAAAAGUAUGGAGGCGAUGUGAAAUCCAUCUCCUCUGAUAUGUACUUUGGAAAACAAGAUAACUCUGAGUAUGAGGCCAAAACGCGACUGGAAAGAUUUGCUGGAAGUGCUUCUAUAAGCUCUGCUGACCUGUUUGACGAUCAGAAGAAACAAACUGCGAGUUCAUACCGUCUGGCCAACGUGUUACCGAAUGCUCCUGACAUGUCGCAGCUCAAACUGGGAGUGCGCUCUGUCGCUGGGAAACUUUCUGUCAUGGCCAGUGGUGUAGUUAGCUCAAUUCAGGAUCACUACAGCUCCUGAGUCAUUUGUUUGGAUUCAUCUCCCUCGUAAUCGUCCUCUGUUUGCAGAGUUGAGAAGUAUCAAUGCAUUGUGGUCGUUCAUGCUGGUUUGUUAACUUAGAAGAAAGACCAGCUAACGCUGUGGACAAAUCUGCUCUAUUAUGUACCCCCAUAUAAUCCUGUAAACAUCUUAAUCUAGUUUUAUAUUGGAUAAUGUACAUACAGAAGUUGUUACAAUCAAGUUUGCCGAAGCACAAUAUUCCCAGCAGUUAUAUUCCUCUGCAGGCAUCUUGAAAAGAAAUUUAUGUGUAUAAUUUAGAUAUGAAGAAUGUUUAGUUUGCAGUUUACUUUGCUUUGCGGUCCUGGAAUUAAAUAUUUAGAAAUUCUGUAUGUAGCAGAAGAUAUUCUGAAGGAGGGGUUUCUUUUCGGUGAUGAGCACCCUAAAUCCUAAUUGGAGGAGACUAGGGUAACUUUUUGUUGGUUACACUUAGUCAUCACACAUAAUUUUUAGGGUUAUGUUGAGCUUUUUUCUUGUCUUUCUUGCACAUUCCUUAAGGUUUGAAAGUGUCCUUUCUGUCCCUAAAGUGCAAUUAUGUUUGCUUUUCCACAGACAGAAUCAAAAUCUGAAAAAAGAGGUCUUAGGGUAGCAGAUAUUUAUAUUUCUUAAUUAUGUUUAAUCCAUUUGCAAUUUGCCUCAUUAGAACACGCCUUAAUACAAAUAGUUUAAAUCUUACUUUUCAUAUAUCUGUUGUCCAAAAGGGACAAGAUGGAAUUAAGUCAAAGUAGCAAUAAAUAUAUUUUUUAAAAGUUUGAGACUUAGGGAAGAAUCCUGGUUGACUUUUUGUUGUCUUAUCUGAAACUGUUACAACCACUAUGGCCAUUAUAAAGAUAUUAGCAGCAACUGAUUGGAUAAUUUUAGCAUAAAUGAAUAGAAACAAGGGUAAACAGAUGGUUUUGCUUUGUUGAAAGGUAAAAAAUCAGCUUAAAACACAAUUAUUGAGAUGGCGGGGUAGAUGCUGAAUGUUUUGGAUUGUAAUGGCUUUAGUGGUUUCAAACCUUUAAUUAAAAAAAUUUAUUCAGAAUCGCAAAAAGGUCAUCAAUUAAGUAGCACCAGAAUGCCCUUGAAGAUGGGCUAGUUGCACUUUUUCUGUUUUUAAUUGGACACUUUAAGAGGUUGAAAUGAAGAAAGGGGUCUUGCAGAUGUACUGGGGUGACUUUUGAAGAUCUUUCAGUUCAAGUUGUAGCUGCUUUUUGUUGGACUUUGUGUUUACAUGUUAGUGAUGACUUUUCAUGUUGAAGCUUUUGUUGUUAAUUUAAUGGCAGACUCCUAAUGACAAAACUUACCUUAAUGUGGUGGGACCUUUCUGUAGCUUCCAGGCCUUACUGUAAAUAUGAAUGUAAACAAUCCAUUCAAAGCCUUUAAAAUGUUGUGUAGUCGCUAUAAAAUACUGCCAAUGCUGUCAAGUAAGACAAAGCUGGUAAUUUGGCAUAUGUAGCACUUCAGGUGGUGCUUUAGUUUGAUAUUGGGUUUGCUGUUGAAAAGCUGUAGCAGAGUAGCUUUAUAUUUGGUAAGGAAUAACGUUGGCUUCUGUUAAAAUCAGCACAAUAAUAUUAGUUUAAUACACUACAAGAGUGAAAAAAGGGGAGUUUCAGAUACUUUCAUGACCAAAUAUUUGUGUACUCCAUCACUCAAUGCCUUAGUCCAAAGAAGUCUUAAUAACUUGCCCUCAUUUUGCUUUAUUGCUGUGGCAUCAUGUUUCCUUUUUGCACAUAAUUUGUUAGGAUUUGCACGUGGCAGCUUUUGCUUGAAUGUACUUACAUGCAGUCAAAUCUUAUCCUUUAAGUUGGAAAACGUCCAAUGUAGACUUCUUAAAAAAAAUUUGUUGAUAUUUAUGUUCAUUUUUUUGUUUCUUUUGAUGUGAAAUAUUGUUAAAUGUUACAUACAAGAAAAGUAGCUCAUGUAAUUGGAAUGACCCUUGUUGUUAAUAGCUGGCACAACAGCAAAUUGUUGGCAAAUGGUGAUGACAGUAUGCUGAAAUUUAAAAAUACAAUGCUGUAUAAGGCUUUGAAUUCGACUUUUGACAUAUUUUGAGACAAAAAAUGUAAAUUAGACUUUUGGAAACAUGUCCAAUA